UAGUUAAAGUUUGUAUCCCAGAACUUUGAAGAUAUUGUCGAAAAAAUAUACUAGUGAAUAUCAGUUAUCACAUCAGAUGGACAUAUUUUUAUAAAGCUUUGCCACAUUGUCCGUACACUGGAUGUUAAAACUCAAUGACAUUGUAAAGCAAACAUGAUGUCUUAUCAGAAAGUAAUAGCAAAAAUCAAUGAGAACACUUUAAAGUGCACUGACUUCUAUGACUUUGCUGAACCUUUCGAAGUUUUUAAGAAAAAACUAAAUGUGGACGUCACUCCUAUAUUGGAAGAAUUCGAUUUCUAUAAAAGUGGAAGAAUAAUUGAAUACAAUUACGUACCAGGGUACUUUGAGUUCCAAAAAUAUUUGGAAGAAGAGAAAGAAAGAACAUCUAAACACGAUUACGUACCAGAGUCAUAUGUGUUCCAAAAAAAUUUGGAAGAAGAGAGAAGAAGAGGGAUCAGAAAAGAGACUCAUCUUGAUAAAUUGUUUAAGAACUUCAAACAAGGUCAUGUAUGCUUCGUGGGUCCCGCGGGAUCAGGGAAAACGACAAUCAUGAAAGCAACAUCGAGAAAUUCCAUGCAUGGAAAAUAUUUCCAAGGAACCAUCAAGAUGGUUCAAUAUAUACAAUGUAAACAAUAUAUGAGCAACAGUAAAGUAACAGCAGGUGAACUAAUUUUCAACAAUCUCCCGAAAGAAGAAAGAGGUCAAGCAAUUGACUAUGCAAAAACCCACCCAGAAGAAGUUUUGUUUAUGCUCGACUCCUUGGACACUCUUCAAUAUACAGUUGAUGGAGUUUAUGAAAUCAUCAGCCUAGAUGAGCCUGCAUAUCCUGAAGUAAUAUUAUGGAAUUUUCUCACUGGGAAGGUAUUUCCUGGCUGUCGCAUUCUAUCGUCCAGUCGUGAACAUUCUAUCAGAAAUUAUUGGGGAGAAGUUCGACCCAACAAGGUCAUUGCACUUGCUGGAUUAUCAAUCGAGUCGAUCACAGAAAUUAUUUCUGGAUAUGAAGGAAAUGAAGAAGCCGAGAAAAUAAUGGAAUUCCUCAAAAUCAAAGCUCCAUUACUCUUGUUACUGUGCACCACACCUGUGACGCUGGUUUACACAUUGAUAGCUUUGAAACUCGAAUCUAACUUCAAGCCAAACACUAUGACUGGUAUUAUGACUGUGGUCAUGAAAAGCCUUUUACGAUCACCACACAGUCAUCAAGAGAAUAUUUUGGAAGUUUUGAACAAAUUAAAAGAACUAUUAUACAUUGGGACAGUAGAACGUCGAGUUCUAUUUACAGAAAAUGAUUUUCGUCAAGUUAAUCUAAAGCCAGAAGAAGCAACCGAUUCAGCCAUCCUAGCUUCUGGAGGAAUUUUUCGUAAACUUCUUCGAGGAAUCCACCUUCUAUACUUUCAACAUCAAAGUUUUCAAGAAAUGCUCACAUCUUUGUAUGUUCUUGGUCUGGAUUUAAAAUCUUUCGAGCAGUUCAUUGAUAAGCAUCUUCAUACCGGUCACUUUGUUUUCAUCAGAAAAAUGAUGUGUGGACUUUUAUUAAAUCCCACAGUUUAUGAAGAAGCCAGAAAUUUACUUGGAGAAAUCAAAGAUUUUGAGGAAAAACGAGAUAUUCUCAAAAAAAGUUUGCAAUUAACCCUCAAGGAUCCAAAGUCACACACCUAUUACAGGCUAAUGCAGUACGAGGACAAGCCAAGCUCAGAUCUUUUCGAUCUUUUCACUGCAUUAAACGAAGCCAAGGAUGGAAUGAGUGACAUUGUCAAAUCAUCUCUUGAUUCUAUUGAGAUGAAUUGCUAUCCUCUCUCCAUCAGUGAUGUUCAUGUCAUUGGAUCAGUAGCUUCCUACUGUACAUCACUAUCAAUGUAUUUCAGAGAUUGUGAUCUCAAGUCAGCUUCACUUCAAACUCUGGCAUCUGGAUUGAAAGCAUCAAAUGUGAAGAUCAAUCUGUUGAACCUGAAUAGUAACAAAAACAUGGGAGUUGAAGGUUUAUCAUCAGUUGGACAAAUACUUUCCAAUCAAUCCUGUGUUCAAAAGUUGAACCUUAUCCACUGUAACCUGUCAUCAAAUCAAUUACAAGCUUUCAAAUCAUCGUUGGGAAAUAACACAGAGAUCAAAAAGUUGAUCCUGCUUGGCAACACAACCAUGGGAGUUGAAGGUUUAUCAUCAGUUGGACAAAUACUUUCCAAUCAAUCCUGUGUUGAAACGUUGGCCCUUGACUACUGUAACCUGUCAUCAGAUCAACUACAAGCCUUCAAAUUAUCGUUGGGAACUAACACAGAGAUUGAUUACUUGGAUAUGAGUGAAGAUAACCUUCCAAAAUAUCGUGCAAACCAUGAAAAAAUUGUUGCAGUUGCAAAUCUGCUUCCUAUUGUUACAGAGAAGUUGGCGUUGUAUGGAUGGAACAUUACAGAUGAAGAUGAAAAAAUAUUACAGAAUCAAUUGGAUGAAAUUGGAUCUGUGAAACUACAGAUUUGCCUGUAUGGAAAAACACUCAAAUGUCAAAAAAAAGAUAAUGAAGAUGAAGAUAAAGCAACUAAUGUAAUUCUCAAACAAAAUCCAAUCCUGACUUCGAAAACAGAAUUUGGGACCACAUCACGACUUAGCAAUUCAGAGAGUACUGAAGAAAAACGGGAGAUUUCAAAAGAAGCUAAAAGCCCAAGAAGUGAACUCCUGAUGACUGAAAAAGAAGCAGAACAAUCAGAUAAAGAAGUAACUGAGCAAGCUGCAAAGCUAACCAAGCCUAAAACAAACAUAACUUACUCUCAGAUCCAAGAAGUUCGAGCAGAGCAGAUUCAUGAAGUUCAUGCUGAGCAGGUCGUGCAGAAUGUAACGAACAUUGAUGAGACAAGCAUAACCGACUCUCACAUUCAAGAAGUUCGAGCUGAGCAGAUUCAUGCCGAGAAAUUCGUGCAGAAUGUAACAAAUAUUGAUGGCGAUACUUCAUCUAGAACUGCAGAUGUGAAGAGGAGAAGAACUUCGGAUGGAGAUUCCUGUAGUAGUCCAAGGAGCGAAAUUCUAAAAACUGGAACGGAAAAUAUUCAACAAGUAGAUGAACCGAGUCUAUAUGGACUCCUGAAAAAUGAUAUUCAAGAAGCAAAAGACACAUACGACCUUGUUGAGGUGCUUUACAAGCAUCGAGAUGACAAAAAAGGGGUGAUUUCUGAGGCCAUAAAGGAUCUUUCAAUAAAACAUUACAACUUAAAUGAUGCGAAUAUUAAUGUAUUUCUUACAAUCAUCUCAAAAUUAGACAAACUUGACAUGCUGAAUGUGCAGAAAUGUGGAACAUCUGAAUAUCUCAACAUAUUUUUGGAAAAACUAGAAAUGAUGACAAACUGCAAGAUUGCAAAAAUAAGUAUUUGGGGAAUGAAAGAACUGAAAAUCUACUCACAAUCUUUGCUGAAGCUUCUGAAAAAAUCUGAAACAGAAUCAUUGAUGAUUCAGGCAUGUGAGCUUGAAAAGGAAGAUGUGGAUCAGCUACUUAAAGAUAUUAAAAGCUUUAAGAAAUCCGAAUAUUCACUUCGUGCAUUGGCUUUGAGCCACAACAGCAAGAUGGGACUGGAAGACUUUCAAAAGUUUGGUGAAAUUCUUCAUAUAUUGCCUGUGAAAACAAUCAGUUUGUUUGAUUGUGAUUUAACUGAUGACAAACUCUCGAAUUUGUUCGCAUCAAGCAUCAACAGAUAUCAACUCUAGAUGUAAGCGGGAACACCAAAAUCAUGCAUGAAGGAUUUAAGAUUAUUGGACAAAUGUCUGGGAAUUCUGAGUUGAGAAAUUUGCUUGUUAGAUGCUGUAAAUUGGAUAAGGCAAAACUGAAGAGUUUGCAAAGUUCAUGCAAAAGCAAUGCAAGAAUAUCAAAUUUUGACGUCAGCUACAAUGAAACUCUUGGUUCUGAAGGAAUGGCUGAACUUGGUAUAACAGUGGUCAACUUCGGAGU